AGUGUCGGGUAGAGUGAUAAACAAUUGUUUAGUGCGUACAAGCUGGUCCAUUGGAACAACACAAACCAAACCACAAUUCCACAGAAUGCUCUAUAAAUUGCAACACACUCUACCUAGAUUUCUCAUUGAUGGGAGUGAUCCUCUUAUGUCUUUCAUAGUUCACAUAGCUUCUUGCUAUUUUUGCUUUUCAUGAUUACUGUUCUGUUUCAAAAGUUCAUUGAUUAGCUAGCAGCUUCAAUAUUUCCCACAUAUAUAUAUAACAUUUAUUUAUAUAUUUAUAGAACUAUCAAUGGCACUUCAAUAUUCAUCCUCAAGUUGGAGCUGCAGGUUUUCCAUGACAAUAGGGGUUGCCUUGUGCCUCCUUGUGCUCUUGAAUAAUGCAAGUUAUUCAUCUGCUCGUUUAUUGUUGAACAGAACCAAAGGAGUCUUCAUGUCCAAAGAACAGGUUAGGAGAAACCUCCUUGAAAAUGGACUUGGCCAGACACCCCCCAUGGGGUGGAAUAGCUGGAAUCAUUUUGGCUGUCACAUUAACGAAGACUUGAUUAGAGAAACAGCUGAUGCUAUGGUGUCAACGGGCCUUGCUGCUCUAGGUUAUCAAUAUAUUAAUAUAGAUGAUUGCUGGGGAGAGCUUAACAGAGACUCACAGGGCUAUUUGGUUGCUAAACCUUCAACAUUCCCUUCAGGAAUUAAGGCUUUAGCUGAUUAUGUUCAUAACAAAGGUUUAAUGUUGGGGAUCUAUUCUGAUGCUGGAAAUCAAACAUGUAGCAAAACUAUGCCUGGAUCUUUAGGACAUGAAGACCAAGAUGCAAAAACAUUUGCUUCCUGGGGAGUUGAUUACUUGAAGUAUGAUAAUUGUAACAACAAUGAUCUAGACCCUAAAGAAAGGUACCCACCAAUGAGUGAAGCUUUAUUAAACUCUGGAAGACCAAUCUUCUACUCUUUGUGUGAAUGGGGAUCAGAAGACCCAGCAACUUGGGCCAAAAGUGUGGGAAAUAGUUGGAGAACAACAGGAGAUAUAGAAGAUAAGUGGAAUAGUAUGACAUCUCGUGCAGAUCAAAAUGAUAAAUGGGCUUCUUAUGCUGGACCUGGAGGAUGGAAUGAUCCUGAUAUGCUAGAAGUUGGAAAUGGAGGCAUGACAACAGAAGAAUAUCGUGCCCAUUUCAGCAUAUGGGCAUUAGCUAAGGCUCCUUUAUUGAUUGGUUGUGACAUUCGAGCACUUGAUGCCUCCACAAAGGAACUGCUAAGCAAUUCAGAAGUUAUAGCAGUAAACCAAGACAAACUAGGAGUUCAAGGAAAGAAGGUGAAAAGUAAUAAUGAUUUGGAGGUUUGGGCAGGUCCCCUCAGUGAUAAGAAAGUAGCAGUGAUCUUAUGGAAUAGAAGUUCAUCCAAAGCAACAGUAACUGCAUCCUGGUCUGACAUAGGCCUUGAAACAGGAACUUUGGUUGAUGCAAGAGAUUUAUGGGAGCAUUCAACACAAUCAUCAGUUUCAGGAGAAAUCUCUGUUGAAUUAGAUUCACAUGCUUGUAAGAUGUAUGUCCUGUCUCCCAUCUAAGUUGUUAAUUUCUUGAGGCAGAAAAGGAGGUAAAACAAUUGGCAACAAUUCAAUGUUCCAAAAACGGAAAGAGAAAUCAACUGGAAAUUUAUUUGUCAGCAGGAAAUAUAGAAACAAAUGAAUAAGUUAUAUUUCUCGUGAGGUUUCCAUUGUAAUGCAAUAAAAGUCUUUCAAAGCACUAUAUAUAGUUUGACAUUUUUAUCUAUUCCUUCUAGUGAUUCUUUUU